GCAGCCGCGGGGCGAGAGCCGGCGCGAGGGUGGGCACGCGGCGGGGGGCCGCCGGUUCGGGGCAGGAAGGAAGCCCCCCCUUUCCCCCCCCCCAAGGGGGCUGGCACGCCGCGUCCCCUCCUCCGGGGGCAGCCGGACCCUCCGCCUCAGUUUCCCCCGGCUGGAAAGCGGCAGCGAAGGGGAUUCAAGCCCCUCUCGGCCUCCCGGAGCAGCCGGUUUGGGGCCGGGGUGCGGCUUCGCUGGUGGCUCGUACGAGGUUGAGCUCAUCGCACGGGGAACAACCGAGGGGCUCUGCCGCCUUCCCCUCCGCUGGUUCCCGGGAAAAGUCAGGAUGGCGAAUUCGGGACAUGCUUCCGCCAUGCUGGGUCGCCGUUGGGGGGGGGGUUGUAGCCGGCCCCCUGCGGACGCCUCCGCUAGAGAAACCUCAUUUCCGAAGGAAACGGGGCUAGAAAAAAAGCCGGCUGCCGCGGGAAGAGCCGCCGGCGAGCGACCCGAGGGCCGCCGGGAUGCACCGGGAGCUGCCCAGGAAAGGGAAGGCUGAGCGGCAGCUAUAAAUACCCGCGGCGGGGCCGGCAAGGCCGCUCGCGCGGCGCCUCGUGCCUCAGUUUCCCCUCCCGUCGGGUUGCCAGCGCGGCUGAGCCGGGGCGGUGCGACCUUGAGGUUUGCACCCGGAGCCGGGAGGAAAAACAGCCCCAGCCGGAGCCUCCCGCGUCCUCGUCGGGAGGGAUCGAGCGGUUUUCGGGGAAGCGUCGGAGCGAGCGGGUGCUCCGGGGCGGAUUUUGGCCCCUGGGAAGCCCUUUCCGGGGUCCGGCGGUGCGGCGGGUGCCGGCGUCACCCGUCCUGGCUCACCGCAGCCGGCUGUGUGCCAACGGCAGCUCCGGGUUGCACCACCCCGCGGGUGUCACAACCUGCCCGUUCUCAGCUGGGGGCUGGGGGACGGUUUGCCGGGGGGGGGAAUUAUUUAGGAUUAUUAGGAGAAUUUAUGUAUUUAGGAGAGCGGGACCCUGUAUCCUCUGGACCAGGGAGGGUCGCGGAGGCCGGGGUGCCCCCCCAGGACCCCUCGGGGGUCCCCGUGGCCGGGUGCCCUUUGGGGCUGUUUCGGGCCCGUCUGGGGCUGGGAGAGGACCCAGGAGUUCGGGCUCCCCCUCCCUGGGCACCCGCGAGGCGCAUGCUCGGCCUGCGCGCGUCAGGCCUGUGCGCACACGUCGCCGCGCGCCGCUCCCCGACGCAGCCCCGACGCCAUGGUGAGGGGCACGGGGGCCGCCCGCUCCCUUUGCCGUGCCUCAGUUUCCCCUACGAGCCGCGCCGGGCUGGGACCAGGCUGGAGGCGGGAUGAUGGGCCCCCACGGCCCCCCCGAGCCGGCCGGGCCAGGGCGCGGUGGGGAUUUUCGGCUGCUUCCGCAGCUCCCGGCCCUGGCAGGCGGCCGCGGCACGGCAGGUCGGGGCAGGCCCGCGCCGCCCAGCGCCAGGGGCGAGCGGGACCACGCCGGCGAGCUGGGGGGGGCUGGGAGACCCCCCUCGCUCAUCCCCAGCUCUGCCGCAGUGCCGCUAAUCCGGCGCCCUGACGCCACGGGGAUGGGCUGCGGCGGCACCCCAAGCCGGGAUGCUGCGGCGGGGGGUGGGGGGGGACGGGGCAGCCCCGACACCCUGGGGCUACAUCCUGCCCGGCACGGAGACACCGCGGCGAGGGCCGGGUCCCCGGGCGAAGGGACAACAGCACCUCGGCGGUGCCGCAGGGUCGGAGCAUCCUCGUCCCCGUUCCCGGCUGGUCCAGCCCCACUUCGGGGGGUCACCGGCUUCGGCAUCGGGCCGCUGGCACCCGGGAGUUUCCCAGGCGGCCGCGCGGGCGCUGGGCCCUCCCUCGGCACCGCCAAGGGCAGGAAGCGGCGGCCCGGCCGCCACGGACUUUGGACCCCGCCGGCAUUCGGAGGCGCCGGGGGAGAGGAAGGGACUUUUCCUGUUUCCCGGCACAGGGGAAAAAUUUCGAACCCUCUUUUCCGGGCCCCGGCAUCCGCUCGCCGCCGGAUUUGGGCACCGGGAAGGUGCCGGCUUUCCUCGGCAUGUUCGCAAGCCGGCCCCGCCGCAGCGUGGGGAGUCUCCGGUGGCGGAUAUAGGGUUGUGCUGCAGCCCAUCGCCAGCGGAGGGUGGACACGGCACGCAGGGUCUCCCUGCCGGGGUGGGUGCGUGCCGGGAGCUGCGCCAGGGCCGGCAGCCGCUGUCGUGGCCGUCCUGACCAGGUGCCCUGGGCUCCGUCGCUCUGUCCCCAUGGAGUGAGCCGGCCCCGGGGUCUCCGUGCUGGUCCCGGCCCCUCGCAGGAGGAACGCUGGCUGCCGCCGCGAAUAUGAGCGACUUCUGGCACAAGCUGGGCUGCUGCGUCGUGGAGAAACCACAGCCU